CGAAUAGUGUCAAGUGAAUUACAUAAAUUAUAAUUAUUGGUAGUCUAUUGAAAUGAAUAAACAAACAUACAGAAUCUUAUCAACAAUCGAAUUCAACAAGCUUCUCAGUUUACUGCAGAUUACGUACAAGUACAUUUUGUCAUUUGAUCCGUCGACUAGAAACGCCAUACGUAAAUUAUCCAAUUCUAAACACAAGAAAUAACUUUGGAAGUAUUGCUUGUCAUGAUUGAAAAUCUUGAAUGGAAUUCCAUUGAUGAAGUCAACAUGAUGAAUCAGAUGGAACAUGUUAAUCGUUUACUAAUUGUAUCCACAUAUGCCUUAAUGGUGUUAAUGAUUCUUAUAGCACAAAUUUUAUUCACAUUGAUUGUCAUAUUAUUCAUGUCAUUAUCGUAAAUAGUUUGAUCAAUAAAUGUUCUCUUUUUUGUUUUGUUUCCAUAGUUAUCAAUCAAAUUUUUCAAUUGCAUCAUUGAUACAGACAACGGCUAGUGGUUUAUUUGUGUUGAUCGCACUUGUGAUCGCACUAUUAAUUUGUUUUGUAAAGAAAAUAAAUGAGACAUUUCCAGAGAAUGUCACUCUUGCUAUUGCUUAUUCUGGUUGUAUGGCGUUAGCAUUAGGAAUUUGGUAUAUGCAAUUAUAUGUUCUUCUAAAAAUUGCAGCUUUUGGAAUUACUUCGGUGUUAUUCAUAUGUGCAGUGUUGAUUGGUGCAGCGAUUAAAACAAAUUUGGCGGACCAAAUAAAAAGUAUUCUAAUAUCUAUUACAUCGAUAUUUAUUACGUUUAUAAUAGCUGCAAUUGCAUUGGUCUUUUCAGGAAUCAAGGUAAUAGCUCUGGUUUUCUAUAUAGCUGCAGUAACAUUUUCAUUCAUUAUUACAAUAUUUAUCAGUUAUAUAACUAUUGGCAAAUUAAGAUGUCUUAUCUUUUAUCCUAAUUAUUCAUUAGCAUCUAUAUUAUUAUAUACUGUAUUCUUUAAUACCUUAGCAACUAUGAUUGAUAUAAUUAAUAUUUGCUCUCGACUACUAUUUAAUUUUCCAUUUUAAAUCGAUAAGAAAAAACAAAAAACAAAAAAAGAGAAAAACAUUGAGAAAAAAAAAGAGAAACUAUUCGUCAGUUUGUUGGUUACAUUGUUACAUUGAACUUUCUUUUUGAUAAACUUUUAGAUAAAUGAAAUUGAUUUGGGAGUUAAAAAUUUCUUGCAAAUUGUUUCACGGUUUCAGUUGUGAUUG